AUGGAGGGCCGCUGGAAAGGCAUUCUCGCCUUGCUGGCCAUCCUGACUGGACUAACAGCUUCUGGAUCCAGCUACAGAAUCCUUGAAGGGCCCAAGAAUGUAACAGUGUUGGAGGGCUCGGAGGCCCGCUUCAACUGCACUGUGUCACAGGGCUGGAGGCUCAUCAUGUGGGCGCUGAAUGACACCGUGGUUCUGAGUCUCACCCCCACAGAGCCCAUUAUCACAAACAACCACUUCACCUCUGCCAGUUAUGAGGUGGAAGGCAACUUCGUGUCUGAGAUGAUCAUUCAUGAUGUGCAGCUCAACGAUACUGGACGCAUCAAAUGCAGCCUUCAGAACAGUGCCCAGGACGGCUCUGCAUUCCUUUCCGUUGAGGUUCUGGGAACGUUGCACAUUCCCACUGGCAGCCUUGUAGUCACUGAGGCUGAGCCCUGUAAUGUUACUUGUCACGCGGUGGGCUGGAUCCCACUCCCAGAUAUUACCUGGCAGGUUCACGUUCCUGUAAGCCAGUCCAGCUAUUUCUCCUUCCCGGGGCCUGAGGACCAUCAAAGUGCAGUGAGCAUCCUCUCUCUCACGCCACAAGGCAAUGGGACUCUGACUUGUGUGGCUACGGCGAAGGGUCUGCAUGCUUACAAGUCUGACACCGUAAACCUUACUGUGAUUGCACCUCCCCUGGGCAAUAUUGAUAAACCAGGCACAUCAUUGCCCACUUGGGCGAUCAUUCUCCUUGCAGUGUCAUUUUCAUUGCUUUUGAUCCUGAUAAUUGUUCUGAUUAUAAUAUUCUGCUGCUGUUGUGUCUCCAGGAGAGAGGAAAAAGAAUCUGGUUAUCAAAGUGAAAUAAGGUAA